CCUGCUAGAUCUCUGAAGGAGGGAAACGUUCAGGAGCUGAUCGGCUGUACCACUCCAGCCGUUCAGCGCGCCCAUCUCAGACGUUAUCAACACAACAGAUUUAUUGCGACAGAAAAGAUAUAUGUUUUCCCCCCCCCCCCCGUUUGUUUCGGCAAGAGACACAGUUGAAGGGGGACUCCUUUUUUAAGACGCUAUGAAUCUGUCCGGGUGCGUUCGGCAAGGACUUUAAAUGCAACACACCCUUGGGCGCCCGGCGGAGAACCCCUGUUACGCACGAGGCGAGCGAGAGACGGGGGCAUUUCCGAACAAAUCUGUUAAAUGGUUGAACUUUGAAAAAUACGACAGUGGCUUUUGGAACGAGCAUUUCACCUGAUGGAUCUUCAGAAACUCUGCUGCGGUGGGAAUGGGGCUGUCACAUGCCAACGGGACCGAGAGGAGAAAACUGGGGCAACUGAAAAUGUCGUUGUUUUUCUUCUGAAUUAGUCUGUUCAGCAUACUACAUAUGAGACCAACGACAACUUCAAAAGAGAAGAUUCCACAACAUUGGCAUUAUAAACGCCCUGAGACUUUGCGAAAUUAAGAAACAGUGUAUUUGAGGAGGGUGAAGAUGCCUUUUCACCAUGUGAGAGCAGGGCUGGUCUACACAGACAACUACCUGAGCACCUCUCUGUCUGAAACCAGUGAAGAACAGCUCGCCAACAUCUCCACAGAAGAGCUUGGCGAGAUCCGCGAGGCAUUCCGAGUCCUAGAUAGGGAUGGGAACGGAUUCAUCUCGAAGCUGGAGCUGGGUAUGGCCAUGCGCUCUCUGGGGUACAUGCCCAGUGAGGUGGAGCUGGCUAUUAUCAUGCAAAGAUUGGACAUGGACGGUGAUGGACAGGUGGACUUUGAUGAAUUUAUGACAAUAUUGGGGCCUAAACUUGUUUCUUCUGAAACCAGAGAGGGCUUUCUAGGAAGUACUAUAGACAGCAUAUUCUGGCAGUUUGACAUGCAACAGAUGUCCCUGGAGGAGCUCAAACACGUCCUGUUCCACGCCUUCAGAGACCAUCUCACCAUGAAGGACAUCGAGAAUAUUAUCGUCACGGAGGAAGAGAGCUUGAAGGAGAACUCAGGAAACUGCCAGACCGAAUUUCAGGGAGUGCAUUCGAAAAAGAAGAAUCGUCAGACGUGUGUCCGCAAGAGCCUCAUCUGUGCUUUUGCAAUGGCCUUCAUCAUCAGCGUCAUGCUUAUCGCAGCCAAUCAGAUGUUACGGAAUGGCAUGGAGUAGCCCCGCCCACUGUGAACCCUGCUUGAUCUGACCUCUCUUAAGAAAAAUGCAUCAAAAACUCCACUUUCUUGUAGUUUGAAGAGCGUGGGGAGCCCACCGAGCCGAGGAUGUGAAGCGAGUUUUGUUUUUUAUAUUUAUUAUAGCGAUUGUAAUUGUGACAGACUCUGAAACGGCAGUGAGAGAUGUCCUUCAUCAUCAGCUUGACAGGGACAUGCAAGGGCUCCGCACUUGAUACCAUUUAAUGCAAUAACAUCUUGUGUCCCUCUGCACUGUGUGUUUUACUCAUUCCCUGUCUUUGAAAUGCGACGACUUUGUACUUUAUCUCACACCAAGUCAUGUCAGAUGGGAACAAUGAGGCGUGAUUGGCAGCCUGUCCAAUGGAGCCGCUGCAGGAUGUCUGGUAUCAAGAGCGUGUGCACGCUCAUCUCAAAUACACUGUAUGUUUUGUUCACAGCAUUGCAUUGUUGAAGCUUAUUUAUGGAAUUUAUUGAAGAUAUUGUUUAAUGGGACUGGGUAUUUUUGGAAUAGAUAGGAAAAUCUCAAAUUAACCAAAUACACAGGCUACAUC